AUGCCCUCUGUUCACGAUGCGCCCCGAUUUCCCCCUACUUUCCUGCAGCCCGAGUCCAGUCCAUCUCAGGAUGAUCCCAGGCACCAAGCGGCAGGUCUUGUCGUACCGCUCAAUGCGCGACGGCCUGGCUUGGAUCCUCAAUCAUCUAUUCCAACUAUCACAGAAGAGUUCGCCGAUUCUCGCUUUACAAAAUGCUCUGUCGCGUCGAGCCGAGCCAUCCCCUUGAGCUGGGGAUCCGAUCCCGCCGAAUCUGAGAUUCGAGGAGAAUAUCUCGACAUAGAUUCAGACGAUGGCCAGCUCUCACCAGGCUUCCAAGACGAUGAAGUGAGGCUUGUGCGAAAUGCCAGUGUUGGAAAGCGAGCAAAACCGACCAUGCGUACAAUCCUCAGGUCUAACCCUGUUUCUAUUGUAGACGUGCCAACCCCCACCCAGGAGGAAUCCGCCAAGGACACAGUAGUACGGUCUAUCGGGAUGGGAGCUGUUGCAAGCCAGGUGCCCCAUAUAACAACAAGCCAUCCACGAGAUUCAUUUUCCACAACAUCGAGUGAAUCGCUAUGCGGCCUGGACCCAGAAAAGCCACCCUUAGCCCCGCAUGAUGAUCCGCCCUCCGACGCACGGCUCGAAAAAGAGCUCGAGGCCUUCGAAUUACUAGGUCACGCUGCACCAGCAAUGAGCGACAAAAGACCUGGCGGUCACAAGCCCCCUGCUUUGAAUUUGCAUGCGUUGCGGGAUGCAGAGGCCCGGGGGAGCCUUUCCAGCCUAUCUGAUUUGAUUCGGAGGGCGACAAAGCUCGCAUCGAAUCUGGAUCACGGGAGAACCGCCAGCAAAACUACUUUGGCUGGUGGCGAGGGGGCAGGAUUUAAGGGUGGGUUGGGACACCGACCACAAAACUCCGGCUCUCUAUCAGAUAUGCUCGCCUCCUUCCCUCCUCCGGGGUUGGCAACACCCAAAAAUCGCGGAUCAGGCACAUCAUGGCCUUCCUUUGGGCACUCUAACCUGCGUAAUGUUGAGCAAGUUCACUCCCAUGAGGACGACCCAAAUCUUUCUCACCCCCGGGCGCUGUGCUGCGGAAUGCCUCGGAAGGUCUUCGUGAUCAUCUGCAUCGUUAUUUUCAUCAUCGUCGUUCUUGCGGUCCUUCUCCCCGUGUUCCUUGUCGCCGUGCCCCGCGAGGCCUCGUCCUGUGCUGAAAAGAACCCAUGCGCAAAUGGAGGUGUGAGCGUCUCAGCCGGUCCCCAAUGCUCGUGUAUUUGUACGAACGGCUAUACCGGUUCACAGUGCACAACUGCGAGUGAUGGUAGCUGCACCACUUCCCUGAUAAGCAACGGAGCGAAUGCGACCAUGGGCAGUGCACUCCCCACUCUGUUCGAGGAAUCCAAGAAGAAGUUCGAUAUCACCCUUGACUCGGUCACAAUCAUGGCUCUCUUCAGCAUAAACAACGUCUCCUGCAAGGCCGAAAAUGCGCUCGUGACUUUCGGCGAAGUGACUAGUGAUGAUACAAGCAAGACCCGCCGAUCUGUCCACUUGAUAGACGACUCGACUCCAUCCGUAUCAAACGACCCAACUCCAGUCCUGGCUGACCGCUCUGAGGCCACUAUGAACGGUAUCCUGUACGAUGACACGGAAUCGAGCAAGUCCGCAACGACUAUGCCGACACCCAUUCAAACCGGGUCAGGAACGACUGCCACCGCUACUAAGAUUAGCGUGCAAUCUACUGCCAUGAAGCCAAGUGAGUCCGUGCCCACUGUCCCCAGCGUUCCAGGCAAUGUUGUUGGGUUUUCUCGGGUUGCGGUGCUGUACAUUCUUCAGAAGACAGGCUCGCUUGAAACGGCUCUGGCUUCAGAGGUGGACAUCCAAGAAUACCUUGUCUAUUCCUAUGCGAACACGACUCAGCCGGCCAUGAUGGUAGGGGAGUUCGAUGUGGAUUUUGAAAACUUGACCAUCACGCUUCCCAAUAGCACGGUGCAUGCGCAGUGA